ACCGUAAAAAUAAUCAUUAGUAUUUUAGUAAGACUAAGACUCUAAGAGUAAGAGUAAGAGAAGCGAAUUUGCGUCGAUCAUGAUCUUGUGACAAAACGCGGUCUAAUAAUACUUUUCUGGUACCGAAUUUUGUGACAACUUGUGUGAAAGACUGGCAAGAGUGACUUCAGAAUGGCUGUACCAGAGCGUUGGUUGAACUGUCCUCGCAAGGGAACCUUGAUUGCAGGAAAGUUUCUUCCCUUCAAGACUCCACUUGGUCCAACAUACAAUGACAACAUCCCAGAAGAGAACCGCUUUGAUGUGUCAAUGCUGUUUGCCUACAUGACAUCUAGGCAGGUCAAACUUGGACUAGUCAUUGAUCUGACCAAUACACAUCGAUUCUAUGACAAGGAAGAAAUUGAAGGGAAUGAAGCAAGACACUUCAAGCUGCAGUGCAAGGGGCGUGGUGAAUGCCCAUCCCGAGAACAGACAUCUCUUUUCAUCCAGAUCUGUGGUACAUUCGUAGGCAAGAAUCCUGAUCAGAUCAUAGGUGUUCAUUGUACUCAUGGAUUUAACAGGACUGGUUUCCUUAUUUGUGCCUACCUGGUAGAAAACUUGGACUGGAGUGUGGAUGCAGCAGUAAGUUUGUUUGCUCAGGGCAGGCCUCCAGGAAUUUACAAAGGAGACUAUAUCCAAGAACUUUUUCAUCGCUAUGGUGAUGUGUCAGAAGCCCCUCCCCCUCCUGACCUACCCGACUGGUGUGUUGGAGCUGAUGACAGGGAUGAUGAUGAAAUAGAAGGUUCUUCAAAGAAACAGGGAGGAGGAGGCAAAAGUAAAAGCCAACAUGAUAAACAGUUCAUGGAAGGUGUCGAGGGAGUUCGAGUUGUCACAGAUUUCCAGAAAGCCAACCAUCUGAGAAGAAAAGUGGAAAAAAUGGUUGGAUGGAGAAGACAGGAGUUCCCAGGUAGUCAGCCUGUUUCUAUGGAUAGAAACAAUGUCAAUUUCCUCAAGAAGAAUUACUAUUGGGUCAGCUGGAAAGCAGAUGGAAUCAGGUACAUGAUGUUAAUAGAUGGUCCAGGAGAAGUGUAUCUGUUUGAUAGAGACCAUGUUGUCUUUUCUGCUCCUCAACUUUCAUUCCCGAAUCGCAAGGGGCCACAUCGGGAUACUCUUGUCGAUGGAGAAAUGAUUAUUGAUACAGUGGAUGGUAAAUCACAUGCAAGGUAUCUGAUCUAUGACAUCAUCAAGUAUUGGAGCAAACCAGUCGGUGAAUGUGACUUUGGUUGGAGAAGAAGAUGUAUUCAUGAUGAGAUAAUUGCACCUAGGGAGCUUGAGCUACAGCGUGGUGGCAUUGAUAGAAUGAAAGAACCAUUUGGUAUCAGAGAGAAACCAUUCUGGGAUAUCACUUCUUCAAAGAAGAUACUUGAUGGAAGUUUCAGCCAGGAACUGAUGCAUGAAACAGAUGGACUUAUUUUUCAGCCACACAAAGAUCCAUACAUACCUGGAAGAUGUGACCUAAUACUAAAAUGGAAGCCUCCAAGUAUGAAUUCAGUUGACUUCAGGUUGAAGGUCACCACCGUCAGACGAGAAGGGUGUAUUCCGGAGACACUUGGGCUACUCUUUGUCGGAGGUCAACAGCAACCCUUUGGACAAAUGAAGAUCAACAAGGAGCUGAAGCAGUAUGACAAUAAGAUUAUCGAGUGUGCCUAUGAUACUAAGAAAGGAUGGGUUUUUAUGAAGGAAAGAACGGAUAAGAGCUUCCCGAAUGGCUACAAGACAGCAGUUGCUGUGUGUCAGAGCAUUCAAAAUCCAGUUACCAAGGAAUUCCUGAUGAACUUUAUAGAGAAGGAAGCCAUCAAACCUUCCAGUAACAAACGUCCUGCGGACAACAGUGCCAGCAGUAGCAGUCCUGGGCCCCCUGCCAAGCAGCAAAGGACAGACAGCCAACCACCUUCCUCCCGAGCCAGUGGACCAGGCAGGCCAUCUAGUUCUCUCAUGCCUCCUCCUGCUUCAGUUCCAUUGCAUCACUGAAAUAGAGAUCUUGUUUGUGUUUUUAGUAAAUGGACUCAUUUUGAUAAUUAGAAGUCAGUAUUUUAUUCCCCUGCUUCACUAUAGGUGAUUAUUGGAGGCAUUGUUUCUGGGUCAUCUGAUAUUAUGCAAUCUGUUUGUCUUCAAUUUAGUCAAUCGUUUCACAGAUGUAUCCAUAUAGUAGGAAUGAUGAGCUGAUCCAUUUUGGGUCACAAGUUUAAUCUUGAUGUAGGAGCCUUCUUGAAAAUGGCUUGUUUUGUUUGGAAGGAUCAACAUGACUCCGAUCAUGUAUGCGAAGGGGAUUAACUUUGAUUUUACCAGAUUGUGAGGUCACAAGUUUUAAAGGAAUUACAGAGGCAAAAGAAAAUAAGUAAAAUCACAGAAUAUCUGAAGAAUCAUUUGAGAGAUCAAAAAUUUGACAUCCAAUAUAUUAAUUUAGUAAUGCAGAUACACUUACACAAGUCAACCUUAUGUAAGUUGUACCGUUAUUUCACCCAAGUCGAAGAAAUUUUGAGACCAGCUAAUGCAAAGCAUGUGUUAUGUACCUUUUCUAAGUUGGAUUUCUCCUCAGUCAAACAGAUUUCUGUUGGUCCCUUAGGUCAUUAGAGCAAUGCUUCUAGAGAUCAAUGUUAUACAACAAAAUUGUUUGUCCCCUAACUGGAAGACCAUUUGAAGGAUUACCUUGAAUGUACCGAGCACCAGAAUUCACCAGCACCUAGAGCUAAAGCAGAGGUACCAAUAAUUUUGCUUUGUUGUCUCUUCAAAAAGUGCUAUAUAAAUCCAUUAGUUGUUUAAUAUUAUUUUCAUUACUAUCUGAUGGAAAAAAAAAACUUUGCUCAGGUUAGCAUUGUAUCGACAAAAAAAUUCAUUUUGAGUUACACGGUCAUAGAGUUCUAUCAUAAAAAAUGGCUUAUUCUUACAGUAACUUUAACAGAUCCAAGCAUAUCAAAUUUGAAAUGAAUUUGUGUAUGUAAAUGAGAAUACUAAUCUAAUAUUACUAACAUUAUAAAAUUUUGUCAAUUCAUGUAAUAAAUAUCUGGGGUGGUAUACUGAGGUCAUUUUAUCUUUAAAAUAAUUUAAUUUAACUCUUAAGAUGAAAUUGGUAUUCUGAGGUGACAUUUUAUCUCUCAGAUAAAAUGUAAAAUUUUAUCUUGCGUAUAAAUUUUAUCUUGCGUAUCUAUGAUGAUACACAACAGAGCAGUGGCUGCGUAGACAUACCCAUCGCGUAUCUGGCCAUUGCGACACGGGUGAUGUGCUUGCGCCAAAGUUACUUUGAAGAAAAAAUAAAAUAAACUUAAAAGAGGGAAGGGCUAUUUUAUCUCCGCGACGUUGAUUUCGUCAAUAUUUCUAGAUGAAUUAACUCCAAAUGUUGACAUGAAAAUGAAGAAAAAUUAUAUAUUUAUUGAGAACAACACCUUAAUGUUAUUCCUGUACAAACAGGAAGUAUUUCAUAAGACUUUUCUUGGCUAAUAUUGUCUUUGAAAUGAUGCUUGAUAACAUGCGAUAUAGACUUAGAAAAAAAGACGAGAGUUGUCAUUUUUGUUAAAACAAAAUCUCUGUAAAGACGCGCAAGCGUAUUUGAAGUCAAUAAAUUGACGCAAUCUCACUCCUUCGCCACACCUAGCAGAAUGGAUUUCCAUUGGUUGAGUGAUAUGAGAGAGCUAUAAAGGAGCGUUUCUAAUUGGAUAUUGAUAAAAAAAUAGGUGCGUCUAACAGAGAUAAAAUGAAGAUAAAAUCUUUCUCAGAAUACCAAUUCGGAGAGAUUUUAAGGGUAUUUCAUCUCACUGAUUUUAACAGAGAUAACAUGUUUUAUUUUAUCUGAGAUAAAAUGGAUCUCAGAAUACCACCCCAGAUGUAGGAUUAGUGCAUAGGGUCAAGUCUCUAAUGCCUUGAUGUGGGAAACCUUGUUGAUCAGACUGGAUUCGGAUGUUUUAUCAAUUCAGGCCAUCUGAUAAAACAACAAAAUUAAUUGUCAGCAGAACAUUGGUGUUGAUAGAUUUACAUGCAACAGAGACUAAAGCAUUUUAUCUCUUUUUAAUUCCAGAGUUGUCACAAUAUUGAAAUGGAAAUAUAAACCUUGAAGGGGAUCUCCUGGCUGAAGAUAAUAUGAUUUGAACAGAAAAAGUAAAAAUCAGACAAACAAAACACUGAAAGCUUCAUCAAACUUAGACAAGGAAUAACAAGAGUUAUGAUUUGAAAGUUUUGCAUUGCGGUAAAACAGUUCUAUGCAUGUCUUUGUGAAUAUGCAAUGAGCAAGCUGAUGAAUUAAUUCUUUUGUUUUAUAUAAAAUUAAAUUUAUUCAAAUUUUGUCCUCCAUGAAUUAAAAAAAAAUGGAUGGACUGCUGACUUAAUGUGUAAGAUAAUAAUUUUGGCAACUUUUUUCUUUGCAAGGGAUUAUGCACAUGUAUGAAAACACAAAAUAAUUAUGUCAUGUAAUAACAUGAGAAAGAGGAAAGUGGGGACAUGACAUCACUGGCCCACCUUAUGAAUAUUAAUGACGGCAUGCAUAUAACUAUUUUCACAAAAUAUUACUGAACAUUGAAAUUAAAUAUCUCUGUUAUUUUUAUCAGGUUUUGAUGAAAUUUUCAGCAUUCUGUUUGGAUAUUACUGUAUUUAUUCCCUCUGUAAGGGGAGAAGGGGCCUGUUUGCCAGUUUGUAGAUACUUAUUAACCAUGAAAUGUCAGUAAUUGUUUAUUAUACAUCCCUUGAACACAUAUUUGUUAUGGUUAUGCUGCGCACUGUCUUACAAUACAUUCUCUGAUAGAAGGUUGAAGUGCAGGCAUUUCAUGAAAUACUAGUAUCUCCAUUUUGCUGGUCAUUUCAAAUAGAGAAAGUAGGAUGUAAUUUUACAAAUAAUCAAAAGAUAUAGGAUAAUGCAGUCGCUUCAUAAUUUGAGUUUAGACUACUGUACUUUGUGUUUAUUGGAUUCAGUUACAAGUCCAUUUUCACCCCCCCCCCCAAAAAAAAAAGAAGACAAUUGUAAGGAAAUAAAAGACGAAAUAAAUGAUUUACAAUUUACCUUGCUUUAAUAUCAACACAAGCUAAAGAAAUUCUACCAAAAUAAUUUAUCUGGGGAUAUCAUACAUUCAUUGACUAACUUCUGAUGAAUGAGAUUGAUCAGUAAAAGCAUAUGGCUUACAUGUGUGAGCAUGCAUUGUAAGCAAAAUUGUUAACAUUUCAAGUCACAAAAUUAACUUUAUGUGUCCAAGUAGUUAUAAGUUAUAACCUUUUUUGUUUUCUUACACAAUCAUGACUUAAUACCUUAGAUUUUUACAACAUAUGGUGACUGUAUAUUAAAUUCAAUCCAGCAUUUAUUUCCAAUGCAUGAAAAAUACAAGUUGAUAUCAUGAUCAUGUACAAACAAAGAGACAAUAAAAAUUAAAACAUAUCAUUGAAACAUAAAUAAAUACAGACAAAAGUGAUAAUCAAAGUAUUAUUGCCAAAUCAUUGAAACAAUAUAAUUGAUGCAUUUUUAAAAUGUUAAUUUAACCAUUUUGUCAAUAAAUUUAUAGACAUUACAUUUCUUUGCAAAUUCAUAAGGGAGAAAUCAAAUUGUGCUUUGUAAUGAACCAUAUCAAGUUCCAGAAGGUGUAAUAGUGUCAAUAAUAGAUGAUUUACGGUAAUGACCUCAUUCACCAAAUUUGUCAAAUACUGUACCACAAAUGCUCAAAAUUAACUUUGAAUUUAAAACAACAAUUUGGAAUCAAAUAUGUGCUCACUCAUGCCACAGUCAAUACAUCUAGCUUAUUUCAUUAAGAAGUCCGUCAGUGAGUGUAGGAAUAUUUCUCUAUCGAUAUACAUACUCGUCCCCUCUCUUCUUUCUCUACUAUAUUUUAGCUUUUCUCACUAGCUUUAGUAACAUUUUAUAAUAAUGAUGUGUAUGCAAUGCGAUAUGGAGAGGGAAACCUUUGCUCAGAAAAUGUAUUGUGGAAUAUUGGCAUCUAAUAAUCAUCAAUUGCAACUUGAUAGUGUAUAUAUGUAUAGAAAUGUAAAUAUAUUGAUUUGUUUUAUCUAUAGUAUCUAUAGAUGAGUAGCAUAUUUAUGAAAAUGGAUUGAGGCAGUACAACGUUUCUUUCAGACCAAUAAACAUGCUGUGAUUAUAGUGAUCUCAUUGAA